AUGCUUCUGCUUCUUGGUUGCAGAACUACUCCUCGGACAAAGGCCGCGUCUUCGGUCAGCAAGUACCAGUCAGCACGAUUGACAAGGAGCGAAGGACACAAGAUGGCACCGAAUGGGCAGUAUCACAUCCUGCUCAAGAUGCUCUUGAUUGGCGACUCCGGCGUGGGCAAGUCAUGCUUACUGCUGAGAUUCUGUGAUGACGCCUGGACGCCAUCCUUCAUCACGACGGUCGGCAUCGACUUCAAGAUCCGGACUAUCGAGCUCGACGGAAAGAGAAUCAAGUUGCAGAUCUGGGACACGGCAGGACAGGAACGCUUCAGGACCAUCACGACGGCCUACUAUCGAGGCGCAAUGGGUAUUCUGCUCGUGUACGAUGUCACAGACGAGCGAAGCUUUAACAAUAUCCGGACAUGGCAUGCAAACAUAGAGCAGCAUGCAUCCGAAGGUGUCAACAAGCUCCUCAUCGGCAACAAAUGCGAUUGGACAGAGAAGAAGGUCAUCACUGAGCAACAAGGAAGGGAACUAGCAGACGAGCUCGGCGUUGGCUAUCUCGAGACUUCCGCAAAGACCAACAUCAAUGUCGAAGAAGCUUUCUUCACGCUAGCAAGGGAAGUGAAGAACAGAUUAGUAGAUACUGCGGGACCAGACGCAGCUGCAGGUGCCAACAGACCAGGAGCGGUCAAUUUCAACAGUGGCCCAUCAGCAAAGGCUGGCUGCUGCCAUUCUGUCCGUCUAGGCACCGCGCUGCUAUUGUCCCUGCGCUCUAUCUCUGUAAUGGCUUAUCAUCGUGUAUGA